AUCCCAUCCUGCAUCAUGGUGUUCGUGUAUAUACGCAUAUAUUUCGCCGCGAAGGCCCGCGCGCGUCGCGGGAUUCGGAAGCAGCCGCGUCCGCGCGCGGCAGUGCCGCCGGAAUCGCCGGACGUCAGGCAGACCAGCUUCACUCAGAGCACGCCGGCGACCGACGCCAAGAAGCCUCCGGGAUCAGUCAUGGAGAACGUUGCGACGAUCGAGAAUCAGCCGGUCCAGAUACCGAUUGUCACGUGCGACUUGGCCAGUGACGUCAGCACGUCCGAGGCCGAUCCCGGCGGAGGGAUCAGUAUACCGAUGGAGGAGAAGGACACGCUCAAGGUGAGCGCGCCGGUGCAGACGCAGAAGAGCAAUCUGAAGGCGAGCCUGUCGGUGAACGGGGACGGCCAGUCGGGCGGGCAGAGCGUGCCGGCGCGAUGCCGGGCGCCGAGCGUCGGCAUCGACGUCGACAUGGUGUCCGAGUUCGAUCCCUCGUCGUCGGACAGUGGCGUGGUGUCGCGAUGCGGAGUGGUGAAGCCGUUGAAACUGGGCCUCUGCCAGCCGAUCUUCGGCCGCAAGCACAUAGGUAAGUUGCGGAGGGAGCACGGCGACGCGGCGCGACACCACGGCAAGGACGAUUCCGGCGGCGACGCGAAGGCGGCGAAGCCGCGCGAUCCCGAGAGGGAGAAGAGGCGACUGGCGAGGAAGAAGGAGAAGCGCGCCACGCUGAUUUUGGGCUUCAUAAUGGGCAGCUUCAUCCUCUGCUGGCUGCCCUUCUUCGUCCUCUAUAUCGUCAAGCCGAUGUUCCCUGAUUUCGAGAUACCGCCGCAGGCCUUCGUCAUCGCCUUCUGGCUCGGCUACACCAACUCGGCGCUGAACCCUUUCAUCUACACGGUCUUCAACAAGGACUUUCGCCGCGCGUUCCGCCGAAUACUGUACAAAUGA